AUGGCUGAGGGCCGUGCUCCUCCUGCGGGGCCGAGCCGUCUACCGGGACGGAAAAGAGUGGGUCUUGGCAAUAUUGAUCAGCCGGCGCCAAAGCGCACGAGGACCGUGACCCGACGAGAGAGGAACGAGGAAGAACAGGCGCAGGAUCUCGCUAGCGUUCUGCGAGCCCUCGAUGAGGAGUUCGUCGAGAAGGACCGACUGUCUGACAGACAAGAAUGGUGUGCACCUGUUCCCCAAGAAAGGAAGGUCAAGACGGUUGUGGCCUUCUACAAGGCGUUCCAUGACACAAGGACGUUGCCGAUCCUCACGUGUAUUUUCUGCUACCGCAAAUAUAGCAGGGCAGAGCUGGAGGAUGUUGAACACCUCGGGCGAGGAGCCUUGUCUCCAGCAGCGCAGCUGCACACCCGACUGGGAUGCGAGCACAUGUUUCCCGACGAGCUGAAGGGCCUCACGCCGGUCGAGGAGAAGCUCAUCGCGCUCAACUCGUGCUACGGCUUCAUCACCAAGUACAGCAUCGCAGACGGACAUCGGCAGAACUCCAGAUAUCCAAGGAACGUCAAGGGGCACAUCACGGUAUUCCCCAACAACGUACAGGAGCUCGUGACGAAAGUGCUGCCGCAUCCGCUGCUGAAGGUCAUGGACGAGAUCCAUGUGUCAUGGCAGGGGCCGGAGAAGCCAGAGCCAAGCGAUCUGGCCGUGCUCCUCUCGGUCCGUCGCCGUGUUGUGGAGAAUGCGCUGAUGUGGCUGAAGGGAAACAACCCUCUGUAUGCCGACAUCAACAUUGACACGGCGGAACUGGAUAGC